UAUAUCGAGAAGAGCAGCUGUACGGUCACAUUGACGUGCAUAUAAACGCAACAUUAAUAAACUGAACAAAAGGGUAGCAGUGAUAAACUAAACCAAUUGCAUUAUAUGCUAUAUGCCAGUCGCAAGCAGUGCCGUGCCAGCAUUGCAAACACAGCCGGAAAGUCAGGAGAACCCGAAUUUAGGACAAACAAAAUUCCCAGUGACCGUAGAAAAUCAAAACAAGUGAAAAGUCAUAAACAAAAGGAAAAAAAGCAUUAACCAUGUCUGACAACAACAGUGCGUCCGGUGGCGGCUCCGGGAACAAUAAUACUGCUAAUUGCGGGAAGAACUCGACGCACAAGCUAGAUGAGUCGUGCGGUUCGAGUCCCAUUACCAAUCAAUUGCUGGGACAAUGGCGCAAGAACUUUUACAGCGAACCGAAGAAUCUGCUGGCGCAGAACGUCUGCUCCCGCGUUGAUCCCUUUGAUGUCUGCCUAUCAAGAAAGGCUCUGGAGACUACCAAUCAUGUGUUCAAUUACAAGGUGGAGACUGAGGGAAAGCCGGUGACCAAUCAAAGGAGCUCCGGCCGCUGCUGGCUGUUUGCGGCCCUCAAUUGUAUCCGCCUGCCAUUCAUGAAGAACUACAAUUUAGACGAGUUCGAGUUCUCGCAGGCUUUCCUCUUCUACUGGGAUAAGAUCGAGCGGUGCAACUACUUCCUUAACAACAUUGUGAAGACGGCGCAGAGGGGCGAGAAAGUAGACGGCCGACUGGUGUCCUUCCUGCUCCUCGAUCCCACCUCCGAUGGCGGCCAGUGGGACAUGCUGGUCAAUCUGAUAACCAAACACGGCCUUAUGCCAAAGAAAUGCUUCCCUGAGAGCUUUAGCUGUGAGUCCAGCAUACGAAUGAACGCCAUACUGAAGAGCAAGCUUCGGGAGUACGCCCGCCACCUACGCGUGCUGCUGGAUCAGAAUCCAACGGAGGAGGAGAUCACCUGUAAGAUCCAGGAGCAGAUGGCUGAGAUCUACAAGGUGGUGGGUAUUUGCCUGGGAAUACCCGCGGAGACCUUCACCUGGGAGUACUACGAUAAGAGCAAGAAUUAUCAGUCCAUUGGACCAGUUAGCUCGCUGGAGUUCUACGAGCGCUAUGUAAAGCCGUAUUUCAACGUGGAAGACAAGGUUUGUCUGGUCACUGAUCCUCGGCCGACGAGUAGCUAUGACCAGGCCUACACUGUCGACUGCUUGGGCAAUGUGGUUGGCGGCAGACCCGUACUGUACAACAAUCAGUCGGUGGAACUGCUCCUAGCUGUGGUCACCAAGUCGCUGAAGGCCGGUGAGGCCGUGUGGUUUGGUUGCGAAGUUAGCAAGCGAUUCGCAUCCAAGCAAGGUAUCGAGGAUGUGGACGUCCACGAUUUCAAGCUGGUCUUUGACAUCGACAUACAAACUACAUUCUCGAAGGCGGACCGCUUGAUCUAUGGAGAGUCGGCAAUGACCCAUGCUAUGGUUUUCACCGCCGUCUCCGUGGACAAAGCCGGAGUUGCUCAGAAACUGCGGGUGGAGAACUCCUGGGGCGAGGAUCGCGGAGAGAAGGGCUACCUAGUAAUGAACUCCGAUUGGUUUAGGGAGUUUGGAUUCGAGGUGGUUGUGGACAAGAAGUACGUUCCCGAGGAUGUGCUACGUGUGUUCGAUAUGGAUCCAAUUGUCCUGCCCGCCUGGGAUCCCAUGGGCACGCUAGCGCAGUAGGAUGCCAUCCAUAUAUAUAUAUAUAUCUAUAUAUAUUUAAAUACAAUAUAUGCAAAGCUUUACGAGCAGCAAUCUUCGAGCGGCAUCCAAGUGUUCGAGUUACCAGCUUUCAGUUUUUGUGUACAUUAUUUUCUCUGGCCAGUUGCCACAUUUUCAAACUCCUUCCCAAGCCUUCCAAUCCCUAAGGUGGUGUAUCCAUAUGCAAUAUAUCAGUCCUUGUCUCUAAAGUCCUUGUCAAUUCUGUAAAGCAAUAAUUUUGUGUUUAGCGCCUAAGUAAAAGAAAUUUCUCAGUUCACCCCCAAUUAUGUUUAUCCUUGAUUUUGCAACGGGCAGUUGAAAAUAUAUACAAUACAAACGAGAAAUAAAUGAAUAAUGUAAAUGCA